CACUACAAGCCUGAACUUCUACGAUGCGUCGCUCCCAUACCUCAACUGACUGCACAGCUCAGUCUCCAGCAGCAUAGGAGGAUGUAAUCAAUCCCACAUGUUUCUGCUCUGCGACUCGGGGAUUUUCACUUUGAAUAUUUUUGUACUUUUGGCGUUCAUUAUUAUAAACCCCGUUCGCCAUGCGAAGGAUAUAACUUUUCCAGACAUGACGGGGACUCAGUUUCAACCCUGCAGAAGCAAAAGUCCGCUCAGUGCGAGGGGAGCCCGAAGUUCAUAAAAGGGAUUAUUCGCAUCUGGGUGCCUGAGACCUUCGGUGCCUCCGGAUUUUACUUUGGAUUUGGAAUUUAUCGCUUCUCGCCGGGAUGGAAAGCCGAGAUUUCGCUCCUCCGCACCACCUCCUGACGGAGCGGAGCGCGUUGGUUCACAGCGCCGCGUCUCGGAUGGCGCCAGGCGGCCACGGCUCCGUGCAGCACCCUGCUCACUUCCAGCCCGGGAAAUACUACUCGUCCCACCUCUCCAUGGCCCCGCACUCAGGUGCUUCCUUCAUGGGUUCCUUCCUGGCCAGCAGUCUGGGGUCCCCAGCUUCCCAUCCUCCUCAUCCCUCAGGACCCGCUGCAUCCCCCUCCUCCCCAUCCUACAGGGCUGGACCCCAUUCGAGCGCUUCCCCUAUAUGGUUCCCCCACUCACAUGAAGGGUACCCCAGCUAUUCAGGAAGUCUUGCUUCUCCUUUUCUCCCCAUGAGUCCCCUGGAUCACCAUAGCAACAGUCUCUAUGGACAGCACCGCUUCUAUGAAACUCAAAAAGAUCACUUCUACCUGAGAGGCCUUCCACCCCAGCCCCCUUUGCUCUCCACCAAUCACAGCCUUCCCCCUUUGUCCAGGACUGCCCCAGGUCACCCUCUUGGCUCUUGCAGCCGCGAGACGGACAAUGGGGGAGGCGGGGGGAAGAGCAGCAAGGAUGUUGGUGAGAAAGGGAUUUCCUCUGUGUCAAAGGACAAGGAGCGAUCAAGCAGCAAGGAGCGACACACGGAGAGCAAAGACAAACAGCAUCAGCAUCAGCUUCUUCAUCACCAUCCUCAUCCGACAAACACUGCCACCACUCCAUCUGGCUACCACCACCAAGCAUACCCUCACCCUCACCAUGCCCUUCUUCCUCACCUCACACCCCAGAGUAGGGAGGAGGACCACAGACACUCUCUGGAGCGACACAAAGAAUACAGAGACAAUGAGUCGGGCAUUCAGGGGACAAAAAAUAUGCCUGCCUGUAAACUGUCCACUGGUACAGGGGCAGAAACGGGCUCUGGAGGAAAGGGGGGUGCAAUCAGCAGCUGUGGUGGGGUGGGCAGACCUCCAGCCGGAGGGGGCAGGCGGUGCUCCAAGGAUGGACCUAUAAAUGGGGAGAUGAGGAUUAGUGAAUCCUCAACUUCCUCCUCUGAAUGUAUGAGACGAGGGACGGCUGCAGCAACAGCCAUCUUAGCACCUCCUACUCCCCACUCUGUGGCCUCCUACUCAAUGCCUCCUCCUCCCCCUCCGCCACCUCCUCCUCAUGCCUUGCACAUGGGCGCCACAGUCACAGGAGGGUGGAUACACCACGGACAUAACCAUCCUCAUCCCGAGUUUUACUGUUCCCCUCUCACACUGACACCCUCAAAAGAUAACACAUCAACCCCUGGAGGGUCUGGCCGGGAAAUGAAAGUCAUUGGCCCAACUUAUGUGCCCUCAGUUGGGCCAUUAGGAGACUUGGCAGGCUCUGACUGUCGUGCAGCAGGAGGAAGUGGGAGAAAGGGAGAUGAUAAGAGUAGAGAAGGAUCUUAUGAGAGUCCUUCUCAUCACCUCAGCCGACUUAGCAGUUGCCAGAAGAAGGACAAAUCCUUGCCACACCAGCAGCAGCUGGGAUAUGGCAAAGCUGACAAACCUCCUGACUGGAGCCACCAGACACAGAACUUCAACAAACCCAACUCUUACGUGAAUUCUCAGCCUGAGCUACGGUCCUGCAGCCUGGAAAGAUCUUCAUCCUUCGGAGAUGUAGAUGUUGUGGGCGAUGUUUACCGGCCCUCACUCCCGCUAGACGGCCAGGGGACACACCCUGCUGCUGGACAGGGCUCAUCCAAGAAUGGCUCUGAUACCAGCACUCCUCCCUUCAGGGACUGUUUCCACUUGGGUCCUCAUCCUAAUGGGAAGGUAGGAUCAGGGGCUCAGAGGGAGGGACAGAAGGUUGCAAGGAUAAGGCACCAGCAGCACAGCAGCCAUGGAGCAAGUACAGAAGAUAGGGCAAGAGACGGAGGUCAGACAGCACCUUCCUGGGGGUCUCGAGGGGGCCCACAGGAGGACCAGAGAAAAAGCUCCCAUCAUGCAUUGGUUGGUAAUGCAUGCAGUGAAGUAAGAGGGCUCAGCAGCAGAGCACCAAAUAAUGACCAGAACCAAUCCCAUUCUCAACCUCCUCCACCUCUGUCCCGUUCCUCGCACACCACUGAAGAUGAGGGCAGUGCCAUGAAGAACCUAAUGAACUACAGUUCCCAGCAGCCAUUGCUGCUGCCACAUCGGAGCCCCUUCGGAGGUCUGGGUUGCCUCAAGCAGGGUGGAGAGAGAUCAGAGAAGGGGGACAGAGGAGGAGCUAAGAGCAACCCCUCCCAGCAAGACACACCCAAACAGUCCCUCCCUCCUCGCCGGGGAUCCACUAACGAGGGAGAGAGGGGUGACAGAGGUGGGAAAGAGUCGGGGGAUGCCGGAGAGGGGGAGGUGCGACAGCCUCCAGUGGGUAUUGCUGUCGCUGUAGCCCGGCCACCCCAUCGUUCCCCAGACAACACCCCUGGACACAGCAGACAAGGCAGGGUGCUGCCCAGUAUGAAAGGGGUGUCCCGCCCUGUGUAUCCUCUUGGGCGGGAGGCAGAAGAGAGGAAGAGGAUGACAGAGGAGCAAAUCAGCGUUCAUCAUCUGGACAGAGACAGAGAAAUGAUCAUCAGGGAAAACAAGGAUCGAGUGGAGUUCGCCAGGAUCCACCCUUCUAGUAGUUGCCACGGCGACCUGACCUCCCACCUCUUGGUUCCUGGUGGAGCCAACCAGUUAGGGGCGGACCAUGCUGCACACGCUCACCCAGCUCACCACCACUGGAUGCAGAGAACAGGAAGUCCCUCCCUUUGGAUGGGGCAUUCAUACAGUCUAAGCCAUGUGGGAAUGAGCCCCGGUUUCCCAGCAGGUAUGCCCGGCUCUCUGCAGCCCGUCUUGGGAUCGCUCACCCAAGACCCUAACUCCCCUCUGGUGGUUCUUCCUACAGAACCUGGGCCACAUCAUCAUCUAGAUGUUUUGGAACAGUCAGGAUUAUGGCCUCCUGUGUACGGGGGCCGGGGCCCCCCUCCUCACCUGCAGCAUCACCCUGUCUACUCCCGCUCCUCUUUCCUACGGCAACAGGAGUUAUAUGCCCUGCAGCACCAGCAGCAGCAGCGAGCCAUGGAGCACAUGCAACGCCACUCCAUGGGACAGAGAAAAAAUGAGGAGCAUGCUAUCACCAUUGAAGACUCUCCUCAUGCGUCCUCUGCAUCCCGAACCGCCUCCUCCUGUUCCUCCACCAACUCUUCUAAUGCAGCCAAACCCUUCUCUCACACUUCUCCUCCAUCAAAGACAUCCACGCCGUCUCCAGGGAUGUGUCCCACCAGCCGUCAGUCGCCCUGCUACCACUCCCCAUCCAGGCGCCCGCACCCGCCGAACCCUCUGACUCCUGCACCAAGCCCGGCUGCGGCGGCCCCCCGCUCCCCAGCACUCAGCCCUGCUCCUUCACACCUCUCUAAAGGGCUGGAGAGGGCCAGUGAUAGAGGCGAGGGACAGCCACCUCAGGACUACCCACAGUCCCUGGAGCCAGACUUGCCACCUGUUUACUCCUACCCUCCGAUCACCAUGGGAUACAAGGCCGGGCCUUCACCUGGUGAAACCCGAUUAGCUGAACAAACUACGGUGGAGGCAGAGCCAGCAGAUCCUGACUCCAAGUCCCUCCCAGAUCCGUACCACAUCCAGCCUCUCACAGAGGAAGAGGAGAAGAGGAGAGAAGACGAUGGGAGCGACUGUGAAGUGGUGGAAUCUCAGAGUAGAGUUGCAGAGGAGGUGAAAGGGGAAAGGAGGCCGGAAGCAAAGGGAUGCUCAGCCUCCGAGCCAGGGGGCAAGAUUCCUGGAUUGCUGCCAUGCCCUUCCCCAGCUCCAGUCCCGGAUCCAGCCUGCCCGGCCACAGCCACAGGCCAGACCCUAAAAGUAGAUCUCUCUCUGAAUUAUCCGGGCCAGAAGGCCAGCCUAGAGGAGCCCCAGCUAUCCAAAGAGCAGGAGGAUGAUAGGAAAGAUGAAAAAGAGGACAUGGGGGAGGAUGAGGGAGAGGGAAUGGAGCCCGACGCAACAGAAUGUACUGUCUCUGUGCCUGUAGAGCCCGGAGAAGAGGAGAAGGGAGGGGAAGAGGAGGAUGGGGACAAAGACGUAGAGAAUGUAGAGGUGGAUGAGGAGAAAGAGGAAGGUAGCGGGAUUAGUCCUGACAAGGACUUGGCAGAAGUUACGUGUAGCUCUCCUGCUCCUUCCCCAGCCUCUGACCCCAUCCUCCCUCCUUCAGCAAACACAGCAGCCCAGCUUCAAGGUGCCUACAUGUGGAGCCUGGAGCUCCUGAUUGCUGCGGCUCUGUGCGCCACCAGAGAUGCCUUGUACCCACCGGUACCUGUUGUCCAGGCUCCAAGCCCUCCGCCCCACCACGGUAUGGAGAUACUGGGAGAGUUGGCUGAGCUGGAGAUUCAGCAGAGGAGCAGAGAGAGCAAAGACAAAGCCACUGAAGGUGAGGACAUGCUGACCUUUGACCUCCACAGUCUGGCGACGCUGGCGGCCGCCCGUGCCCUGGAGAUGGGGGGAGGGGCUGUAGAUGUUGGGGUGGACCAGCAAUGUCCAAUCAGGAAAAGGCUCAACCUGCGCAGGAAGUGCAGCUGGACACCUCGCCACGAGCCGGUGUGCCCGGUGAAGGGCUCCAUGGAGACAAUGGGAGGGGAGGAGCUGGCCAUGCGUGUCCAGCUGGCUGAGCUACAGCGCCGCUACAAAGAGAAACAGAGAGAACUGGCCAAGCUACAGAGGAAACACGACCACCAGAAAGAGGAGACGUCUCGCAGCCCUGCCCGCCGGGGACCCGGCCGCCCCCGCAAGCGCAAGUCCACCCCCGGCCCAGCUGCUGCAGAGACUUCCAAAAGACUCAGGGCUGAGCUGAAUUUGCUGGAGGAAAAAGCCCAGAAGAAAUUGUCCAAUCACGGCUUGAACAGCCUCAGUACUGCACAGAUGAAAGCUUGCUGUAAGCACAGAGGUCGGCCCAGCACCCUGAGCUCCAGGAUGGCCCAGCGGGUCACCCAGCUGAAGCAGAAGGCUGCGGCCCAGCGUGGUGCACCGUCAGCAAGCACGCUGCACUGCAGAGGGGACCCUGGAGCAGAGGAGACACCCAAGAGUCACUGUCGACAUGGAGGCAAAGACCCUCAGCAGGACUGGGCAGCCUGUCAGACUGUGAAGAGGAAGAGAGGUAGGAAGCCCAAAGCACUGAUGGGUGUCGGACCCAACAGAGCUCAUCACAAGGACGAGCGGACCUCUGAGAAACGGGAAAAUGGGGAAGAGAAGAGUGACAGUGAGAGCUCAGAGCACGAGGACGAGGAAGAUGGCAGCUACGACAGUGAAGAUGGAGCUUGUGACAUCAAGAUUGGCUCAUUCUGGAAAGAAACUCCUGCGAACCCGACUGGGGUUUCCUUACAGUCCUCUAAGCUCCCGACAAACCAGAAAGCCAGGAGUAAGAGACAAGGCCCUAAAGGCAUGGAGGGCGCAUCCAGCACACAUCAGAGGACAGCACCCAGAAGGCCGAGCCCUGCCAACACAGAGAGGAGAUACCUGGACCACCACGGCACUAAAAGAACAUCUUUGCCCAGCUGGGGUGUGUCAUCAGUGGGCUGCAGCUUCUGGGAGGGCCGGGGCAACCAUGGAGCUCUGACAGAAGCAAGCAGGACCAGCAGGGAAGCCAUGAAAAAGACCUCAGCAGGACAGGUCAUUCUGGGGAAGGCUAAAGGCCACGCGGUGAGCCGACUCCUGCAGAGCUUUGCGGCUGACGACGGCUUCCGCCUGGAUGAGGAAAGCAGCUUCUCUGAGGGAGAGGAGGAUGAGGAGGAGGAAGAGGAAGAGGAAGAGGAGGAGGCGAUGGAGAAGAAGUCGAUCCACCUUCCUCCCAACAUGCCUUGUAGAAUACCCGCCCUGCCAAACUGUGUGCUGAGCAAAGAGAUGUUGGUGGAUGGGCUGAAGAUCUUAAUUUCUAAGGAGGAUGAGUUGCUGUAUGCCGCCUGCGUCCAAACUCUGGAGCUGCCUGACAUAUUCAGUGUUGUCAUCGAAGGGGAACGAGGGAAUCGUCCCAGGAUCUACUCGUUGGAGCAACUACUACAGGAAGCAGUGUUAGACGUGCGGCCCCAGACAGAGGUCAUCCUGACUGCGGGAACGCGAGUUUGUGCCUAUUGGAGCGAGCGCUCUCGCUGUCUUUACCCUGGAAAUGUCCACAGAGGAGGUCCAGGCGAGGCUGAGAAGGAGGGCAGUGUGAUGGUGGAGUUCGAUGAUGGAGACAGAGGAAGGAUCUCACUCGCAAACAUCAGACUUCUGCCCCCCGGAUACCAAAUCCGCUGUGCGGAACCCUCUCCGGCCCUUCUGAUCUCACCUGGUCGCCGAUGCCGACGAGGCUCCAACCAGGAGAAGAAAGAUACAGAGAAACCAGCCAAUGAGGAGCCAACGGGGAGACCCCAGGAGAAAAGACCAGUUGGCAGACCGAAGAAGAUUCACUCAGUGCCUAAGACUGCCAGCACACUGACAUCAGUUACAGACACUGUAACCAAAAACACCGCCUCGUUACUGAACUGGUCUAUGCCCAAGAAGAGGCCGCCGGUUGAUUUCUUCCUCUUCAAUGGGACCUCGCGCAAGACUCAGAGGAGAAUACGAGACCGUGACUUGGGCUUGUUUCAUCGGCCUGCCUCCCACUCUCUUGUACCCCCGGCCCCUAUCAAAGGUAUCUUUGGUUCUCCUUUUGUAGUUGACUCAUUCAGUAGUAUCGCCAAUGGCUACUCCACCUUCGGAACCGGCGGAAAUUCUGGAGCCGGCCGACCUGUCACCACAGUCGCAUCCAUGGUGAACUCCUCCUCCUCCUCCUCCUCCUCAGCUGUCACCGUGACAAUGGCGGCUGGGAGCAGAAAGCCAGCGAGUGAGCGGGACAGGAAACAGUACCUGGUGAAGCUGGACCACGAAGGAGUGACCUCUCCUAAAACAAAGAAUGGCAAGGCCCUUCUUCGAUAUGGAGGGAGCGGAGGGAGAGGAGGAAAGAGCCUCCCCUCCUCAGAAGCGCCACAGGGAUACACCCACACAUCACUGCAGGUGAAGGAUGGCAAGAAGGCACGAGGAGAAAGAGAUGGUGCUGGUGCAAAGUCUGAGGCUCUUCUAAAGGGGGCACCACCUCUAAGAAAGGAUCCUCUGCCAG